AUGGAAUUAGAUAUUGCUGGCAUGGUCGAUGGUGCACCGAGCGACGUCACUACGGCGCAACGGCUGGAACGUCUGCAAAAGCACACCGACGCGUGGAGGCGGCGCGCCUUCGAGACCGUGGAGGAGCUCCCCUGCCACGAAGCCCAUAUGGUGCAGCUCUCGGGGAAAGUCCUUGCUCGGUGUAUCGGAAACUCUACCCUGGCAUUCAAUUUACUGCCGGGGCAUGCACGAGGGGUACCCGCGAAAGAGUGGCGCUUCGAAAACGUAGGCUUCCCCAUCGCAGAAUAUGCAGUAGAUCCCGCGCAAGACCUCGUCGUCAUACUGUCCGGGUUGUCGGGAGCGGCCGGGGGCGCUGUUCCUCUUUCUCAAGCACCCAUGAUAUACCUCUGGAGUCUGUCCACGGGCGUACCACAUCCUCUAGCUGCUGAAACCGAGUUAGUCUUCCCGCCCGGUCUAGUCUACGACAUGGAAAGGCGCUUUAAGCUAUUCCUCACGGGAGACAUUUUAGGGGUAGAGUUUAGAGCGAGCGACGGUGGACCCUGCAAGCACCUGAUUGCUUGGUCGUGGAAAAGCGGCACGAUGUGUUUGUGGAUUAACGGAGACUGCCUAUUGUUGGCUCCGUCGCAAACGACGGGAUGUGCCCCGCGGAUCUUCGCCAACGUGAUAGAUACCAGGCGGGUGUAUUCACACCCGGUUUCAUGGGGAGGGGACGAAUACUGCUGUGCGUUCGAGUACCCGUUCUACGAACAUCGCUACCUGUCCUGGAAGAUUCAGUGGCUCAGCUCCUCGUCAGAGCGUGCAGACGAAGGUCUGUUCCAUUCUUUGCCCUCGGACGAAUGCGUGGUCGUGGAAAUGUCCUAUGGCAAAAUAGGAUUCCCCGCUCCUGAGGAAGAUGUCGACGAUGGCCACGGCGAGCACCAUCUCAAUCUGACGCAUAUCAUCCCGGCUACGGUGAUUCUGUCCAGGAUCCAGAAGCACACCAUCAGCCACCCCGAUUCGCAGAAAGUGUGGCGAUGGGAAGAGUGGGGCGCUGCGCGCACAUUUAUGACAGGACCUUUCCAGAGCUUCGGCCGCGCCUUUUGUAGGCAGUCCAUCUCCGCGUAUCGCUUCAUCGAGUGGCCCAUCCCUGUGUACCCAGCCGAGCCGCGCGAGGGGCUUGCGCGAAAUAUGGCGGAGCUUUAUGAUUUCAACACAUGGCGGUUUCGUCGCGCGCCGCGGGAGGACGGCCUGGAGCUGCACGCCGUCACGACCCGUGACAAGGGAUUGUGGAUUAAUCAUGCGCAGUUCCUGGAAUGUGCAAAGGUAGAUUUCCGCUUGCCUCCAUUGAUGACACGCUACAAAGGAUACCAGUGGGAUCUGGCGAUCUCCGAGGACAAUGUGGUCCUGUUCUAUGAUAACUAUCCACACACUGAAUGCUAUGUCAUGAGCAUCUAG